AUGCUGCUUCAAGUUCAUUCUCCAGGGACAACCACUGACUUUGGGAAAUGGGAGGCGGAGCGCGAGGGGAGGUCACGCACAGACACAAGUUGCUCCCCAGAAUCCAUUCCAGGCUUAUGCGACCAACUCACUGCAAAGACAGCCAGAAAUGCUGGAGUGGAUGUCGCCACAGCAGUGAAAACUACAAUCAAGGACUCUAAGGUGCAUAAGGCACCUUUACAAGAACAUGGGCCAUUAGGGUAUGGUUUAAGUGCUUUACUAGUGGGACGCUCUAGCGCCACAAUGAAGGGUCUUUUUGUUCUCCUGGGCGUCAUUGAUGCGGACUAUACAGGACAAAUUCAAGCCAUGGUGUGGACCCCCUCCACACCGGUCGUUAUACUGGCAGGGAGCAGAAUAGCGCAACUGGCACCUUUCAUUGCAGAGGUCCUGCUGACUACAACUCCUGUGUGGGUAAACCCGCCCCUGGCACAGGAGAAAUUGCUUGCCCUCCAUGAGCUGGUAAAAGAGCAAUUACAGCAGGGUCAUACAGAACCCUCUCAUAGCCCAUGGAAUACUCCCGUAUUUGUUAUCAAGAAAAAAUGGGGAAAGUGGAGGCUUCUUCAUGAUCUGAGGCAAAUAAAUCGAAUUAUGAAAAGUAUGGGAGCAUUGCAACCUGGCAUGCCUUCCCCUACCAUAAUUCCAAUUGGUUGGUACAUACAUGUUAUUGAUUUAAAAGAUUACUUUUUCACCAUUCCCCUACAUUCUGAGGAUGUUGAGAAGUUUGCCUUCUCUGUCCCAGCAAUUAACAAUCAGGAACCCUGUCAGUGUUAUCAAUGGACUGUUUAGCCUCAGGGGAUGAAGAAUAGUCACACCAUCUGUCAGUGGUAUGUAGCUCAAGCUUUGUCUGAAGUCUGGCAGCAAUUUCUGCAGGUGUACUGUUAUCAUUAUGUAGAUGACAUUCUUGUCGCUGCACCAAAUCAAACGCAAUUAUGCCAGGUUAAGCCAGUAGUGGAACAGUCGAUGCAUGCAUAUGGGCUACAAAUUUCUCCAGAAAAGGUGCAAUCUCAAGCACCAUGGAAAUAUUUGGGAGUCAAAAUUUUGGAUCAGAAAAUUCAACCACAAACUGUCCAAAUUUCAUAAGAGGUUAAAACACUGAACGAUGUACAAAAACUUGUGGGGACCGUCAAUUGGAUACAGCCCUUACUUAGUCUGACCGCUGCUCAAUUGGUCCCUUUGUUUCAAUUGUUAAAAGGUGACAGUGAUUUACUCUCUCCUAGAAGCCUAACUACAGAUGCAAAAAUUGCGCUGUUCUUAGUAGAAAGACCAAUAGAAACCAGAAAAGCAUACUGCCUUGCAGAGGACCAUCCUCUUAAUUUGUAUGUGGUGAUUAAUGUUUAUCACCCUAUUGGUCUGUUAGGACAAUGGGACACCCAAUGGAGAGACCCUUUGCAUUUCAUUGAAUGGAUUUUUUUACCCCACGAACCACGCAAAACUGUGAGCACCCUUGUUGAGCUAAUCUGUACGGGAUGGCAACAUUGUCUUGAGCUUACUGGCAGAGAUCCCCAGAAUAUUGUUUUGCCCAUGCGCCAGGAUUAUCUGGACUAG